GGAGGAGACUGGGCGUUGGCAAUUUGACCGGCCGUUGCUCCACCUCCAGCCUCCUCUCCAAAUGGCCACCGAGCGAUCCCACCGCACUCCAGUGAGCCACUUCUUCCGCCUCCAUGGAGACCACUACCUUUCUCUUCCUCCCUCUUUCUCACCCUUCACUUCCUUCCUCCUCAGCCUCCUCGCCGCCGUCAUCACCGCCACCUCCACCGCCGCCACCUCCCCCUUCGACGACUCCGACCGUCUCCCAUCGUAUGAAUAUACUGGUUACCAACGUUCCGUCGUGGCAGAUCAACGACGACGCUUGGUCCUGCUUGGUCAUCCUCCUCACGUUUUGGUUCUUCGCAGCUUCGAUGACAUUGAUCCUUGGCUUUUACGGCUCCGUCGACCUCACCCUCGGCCCCAAUUGCUCCCGGAAUCUGCAGGCAAAUCCCUUGUUUGUGCAGGAUAUAAAGCUGAAAGCGGACGAGGAGUCGUCGAAGCACGGGCCGAUGCUUUACGGGUUUUACGAGCCUCCGCUGCUUGACGUAUUGACUAAAUGGUCAGUGACUCGAAAUGUGUCCGUCCCCUCAAACUUUCACCAGGAAUGGAUAUACUAUCUCAACAAAGGCUCACAUAUCGAGAUUUCUUAUGAUGUGAAAUUGCAUGGCUCAUACCCGUUGAUCCUAGUCAUCGCCCAAGGAAAGGAAAGCCUUGUUCAAUGGAUGGAACAACCAUCACAUCCUAAUACCACAUUGUCAUGGUCUCUUAUUCAUGGAAAUGGAAAAAUUCAGCAAACUAUUGAAAAACCUUCUGAUUAUUACAUUGCUGUGGGUAACUUAAACAAUAUAGAAACGGAGGUUGAGCUGAUCUUCAACAUUCAGUCUAUCACGUACAACACAUCUGGGGCGUAUUAUAAAUGUUCACUGAAUCAUAGGAUCUGCUCUUUGAAUUUGUUCUUAGAAAGGACCAAUGUUGCAAUUCUUACAACUCCAACUCCUGAUCCAAGUAUGCAGAUUGAUGAAUGGUACUUUAAGCUGACAUAUGGGCCUCGAUGGCUGACUUAUUUUGUUGGAUCAGGUGUGAUGACUAUACUAAUUUUUGUGGGGUUCCAAGUAUUUAGCACUUCACAGAAUUACUCUCAGGAUGGUACUGCUCAUCAAACAAUAAAUACCACAACGGAGAGGAGCCCCCUGCUCUCUAACAAGGAUGAUGAUGAUCAGAGCUUAGGAUCAUCAUAUGAAUCUGUUUCCCACGACGAGGAAGAUAUCAAUGAACCUCCUGAGGCAGGAGCAGACCUGCCCAAGGACAGUGAAAUUGACAACUUCCAACACCUCUGCACCAUUUGCUGUGAUGUUCACAGGGACUGUUUUUUUCUUCCUUGUGGGCAUUGUGUAGUGUGCUUUGCCUGUGGAACAAGGAUCUUGGAUGAGGCUGGCACAUGUCCAAUCUGCCGGAGGAAGAUAAAGAAAGUAAGGAAAAUCUUUACUAUUUGAGUUCCAUAUAGGAUGAAAAGCAAAGGAAACAAAUCCUACUUUCCUAAAAGGUAGAAACUACGCAUUAUCUUGGGAGUAAAAUAUCUAUCGGUCUGAUCCUUUUAUUUUUGUCAGAUCAAAUGAAAACUCACAGUGAGUUUAAUCCUAGCAGUCUUUGCCCUCUUGUACGCUGUUAUUAUGAUUCUGCUAGAAGAAUUGUGUAGUUGGAACUUAAACAGCCUUGUCUUAUCUAUUUCUGUGGCUCUACAUUGUGUCAGUUCAAUAGUUCAUAUCAUGCAUCAAUUGUUGCUUCUUGUUCA